AUGAUCACAGACGUCCAACUUGCUAUUUUCUCCAACAUUCUUGGAGUAACACUCUUCUUUUUGGUUUUCUUAUUCCACUACAUAAAUGCAAUAUAUUCAAAAUAAUUGAAUAAUGACUACUUUGUUACUUCAAAUAAUCAAUUCAGUAUCAAGCAAUUAAAAACAGCAAUUCUUACGUUUACAGCAAAAUUAUGUCUCUAUUUGUUUCGUAAAUUACCUGUAAUAAUGAAUGUCUCAUGAACUUUGAAUGUCAACAAUAAACCAUUAUUUACUUUUU